UACUUCGCGGGAGCUGCAGAGGCUGUAGAAUGAGCAACAUGCAGAGAAAUUUUUGCUCCCUGGUGGUGGAACCAUAUCAACCAGACUUUGUCAUCGGCAUAGGAAAAAUAACUCUGGGUGAAACAAGCAGAAACAAUUUGCAAGGAAAUCAGAAACAGCAGGAGAAGGAGACACUUUUACAGGCUGCAUGUGCUCUGUUAAACUCUGGAGGAGGACUGAUUCGGAUGGAAAUGAAAGAAGAGAUACAGCAUCCUGGGGAGAUGGGACUGGACCUAGAAAAGGCCUUGAGAGAGCUUAUUCAAACUUUAGAUUUGCAGACUUUCUUUGAAACUAGGCAACACUUGAAGUAUUUUUACAUUUUUGUUAAAUCAUGGAGCAGUGGCUCUUUACAUGGUUCCCCUAUGGCCCGAAUUUGUAGCCUAAGUCCUUCAUUGUACCGUAGAUCUGGUACCUCUAAAUGGCCCAUGGACUCAAGAGCUGCGUUUGAUUUCCUGAAGGAUAAGAAGGAGAAAGCAAAACAUGGUCUGUUGAAUGAAGGAUCUUCAUCCAAUAAAAUUCCAAGACUUGCACAUCAGACCAUCUCUGAACCAAAUUCUGCUUUCCAUGUUUUCCAAAGAGACUGGCUUGAAUUCAAUGAAACUUUGCCUUUUCCGGAGUCUCAAACAAUAGAGUUUAAACAGUUCUCCACAAGACACAUCCAGGAAUAUGUAAAAAGCAUAAUUCCCGAGUACAUCUCUGCAUUUGCCAACACUGGAGGAGGCUAUCUUUUUAUUGGAGUGGAUGACAGGACCAAGAAAGUCUUGGGAUGCUCAAAAGAUAAGGUUGACCCUGUGUCUUUAAACAUAGUGGUACAAAAAGAAAUGUCCAAGUUACCUAUUUUCCAUUUCUGCUCUUCCAAUGCACCAAUAUCCUACAGUCAUAAAGUCAUAAAUGUGCUUAAAAUGGGAGAGCUGUAUGGUUAUGUCUUUGUGCUCAAAGUAGAGCCAUUCUGCUGUGUAGUAUUCUCAAGUGCUCCCAACUCAUGGAUGGUGGAGGAGAAGAAGGGCAUCUACCCUCUGACAACUGAGGAAUGGGUAAGAAGGAUGAUGGAUGAUGACCCAGAUUUGCCCGAAGCUUUCGAAUCUCAGCUGCAUCUAUCUGAAAGUCCUCCAUGCUGCAGACCUGUGUAUUCCAGGAAAGGUCUGGAACAUAAAUCUGAUCUCCAACAACAUUUCUUUCCAGUGGAACCAGAACAUCUCAGACAUGCUCCUGAGGCACUCUGGAAGGAGCUGUGUAAAGAUCAUGAAGGACUGGAGGAGUUAAUACACCAGCAACUCUCCCCUUCCUCCUGGGGAAUUCUGAUAGUCUCAAGAAGCUGGGCUGUGGACCUGAAUUUGCAAGCGAGGCAGGGAGUCAUCUGUGAUGUGCUGCUCAUUGUACACAACAAUCCCCCCAUCCUCUUCACCGUUCUCAGGGAGCAAGAAACAGGUGGACAGGACUACUGCACGCACACCGCCUUUACACUGAAGCAGAAGCUGGUGAACAUGGGUGGCUAUACUGGGAGGCUGUGUGUCCUGGCCAAGGUCCUCUACCUGAGUCCCCGGAGCAAUGCAGAGCCAGUAGAGGGGUCAGACUCUCUAAUAAAUUAUCCCCUGUCUUAUAACCUAGCAGACCACCAGCAAAUGGAAGCCUUGCUGCAGGCCCUUGUGAUUGUCUUGCUCAGCUUUCAGUGUUUCCUGGGUGACCAACUUGGCAGUAAAGUAUUAAACCUUCUCACAGCCAAACAGUAUGAGAUCUUGUCUAAAAACCUCCACAAGAGCAGGGAAUUGUUCAUCCAUGGCUUGCCUGGCUCGGGGAAGACAGUCAUGGCCAUGAAAAUCAUGGAGAAGAUCCGGAAUGUGUUUCACUGUGAGUCAAAUAAAGUUCUCUACAUUUGUGAAAACCAGCCUUUGAGGGACUCAAUCAGUGAAAGAAAAAUCUGCCAGGCAGUGACCAGGAAAACCUUCAUGAACUAUGAUUUUGAAGAAAUUGAACACAUCAUCAUUGAUGAAGCUCAGAAUUUCCGCUCUGAAAAUGGUCAAUGGUAUCUGAAGGCAAAAAACAUCACUCAGAGAAAAAAGGAUUGUCCAGGAAUUCUCUGGAUCUUUCUGGACUACUUUCAGACUAGUCACUUGACUGAUAGUGGUCUUCCACCCUUCUCUGCCCAGUAUCCACGAGAGGAGCUCAAUAGAGUGGUUCGAAAUGCAGAUCCAAUAGCCCUCUACCUACAAAGAACAAUGCAGAACAUCAGAGAAAAUCCCCCCUACAACAUUCCCUAUGAAUCUCUGCAGAUGCUUCCUGAAGUUGAAUGGGUUCGGGGUGUUUCAGGCAGUUUAAAGAUUGAGUUCUUGGACCUAGAGGCAAUGGUGAGUUAUGUGACAACAAAGUGCAAGGAUUUCUUGAAGAAUGGCUAUUCUCCCAAAGACAUUGUUGUGCUUUUCAACACAACAGAUGAAAUGGAGAAAUAUCAAGAUAAGUUUCUAAAAGAAAUGAGGAAGAGAAACACUUCUCAGACCAAUGAUGCUUUCAUUAAUGCCAGGCACAUGUUUGACAGUAUCCGUAGAUUCUCAGGCCUAGAAAGAAACAUUGUGUUUGGGAUCAGUCCUUGGGCAGCUACGCCAGCUAUUUACCACAGUCUUCUGCUCUGUCUGGCUUCCAGGGCAAAUCAACACCUGUAUAUUCUGAACUUUCUUGAUAGGAAUCCCUUCAUCCAAGACGAAAUAGAGGUAAUAUAGUCCCUCUGUCAUGCAGUUUCAGAAAAAGGAUUAACACAAUUUGAAACAUUUUAUUUCUAUGUAAGUCUUAAGAGAACCAACAUCAGAGGUGUUGCUAUAUUCUGUGAAAGGAAUUUCUCAGAAAUCUGUCAUCAGCUAUAUGAAUUAAUACAUUUUGUCCUUGAUUUACAUGUUGCCAUUGAAGUUCCAUUUCUAGAAACCUAGUAUACAGGUCCAC